GUCGUACCGCUACGUCCACCACCGUCGGAACUUGACUUCCGCGUCCGUCAGUCGUCUCUCGCUAAAAUCGUCUUCGUCGUCUUUGUCGUCGUCGUCGUCGUCGUCGCCACACACCGCCCCCACAUAGCUGUCGUCUUUUUCCUUUCCCACCCGAAAACCAAAUUUUCCUUCGAUAUUGUUGAAUUUUCGGAUUACGAGGAAUCUAAAAUGAUGUCUAUGAAUGAUUGUCGGUGUUAGUGAACAUCCUCGGUUCUGUAUAAUUGUUCUUCGUGUAUUCGUGUAUAUUGUACAAAUUCGAUGGGAAACGCAGGAACAACCAGAAGGGGAUCAAUAUUCUCCAAACAAGACUCUACGGGUGACGAUGGCUCAACACGACACAACAAACGGCUUUCGAGCAGGCAAAAUACUUUCCUGGAAGAAGAAUUUCCGCCAGAACCACCAGCUACUCCUCCGCCAGAACCGCUGACUAUGCGGCAAAAAGAGUUGCUUACUGAAAUGUGGAAAUUGUUAGAGGAGGACAUUGCAAAAGUUGGUGUCAUCACAUUCGUAAGCCUUUUCGAGACGCAUCCAGAUGUUCAACAAUCCUUUAUGCCAUUCAAAGGAGUUGAACUAGAGGACCUAAAACACAGCAGACAGCUGAGAGAUCAUGCUUUAAGAGUUAUGGCAUUCGUACAAAAAGCUGUCGCACGUUUAUAUGAACCCGAUAAAUUGGAAACUCUAUUAAGAGACUUGGGCAAGAAACACUAUCAUUAUGGCGCCAAACAAAAAUACGUAGACUUGAUCGGACCUCAAUUCAUUAUGGCCAUACAGCCGUCGUUAGUCGACCGGUGGACAGAUGAAAUGCACUCAGCAUGGACAGCAUUGUUUUUGAACAUGGCAUACAUUAUGAAAGGUUCAAUGGCGGCCGAAGAAAGGUUCAAAGUAAAGAAAACUGCCACUUAAACGACCAGUCCUCAUUUAUACACACCAAUGAUUAUUGUUUUUAUUUUGUGAAUUAAUAUUUUUGUUCUAUUUUGAUUUUAUAACGAUACACAUUUAUCUA